UUCCCGGCUUUUUCGGCCUCUAAAACCUCCAUAAACCCGAGCCAUCUCCUCCGAACUAGCUCUUGCUCAGUUUAUCUCUUAGAUCGGAGCUUUUCUCAAGAAUUCAGAGAACUUCCUGAGCUCAUUUUUCUAGAGCCUGUACCCUAACACUGAAGUUUGCUCCCUAGGAAAUUCAAAAUAUACAAUUCAAAUUCCAAUGCCUGUCGCUACGAAGCUUCCUUCUUCGGCUAAAUCUGUUUCUGAACCGCGAGCCAUUCUAGGACCCGCUGGGAACAGAGUUAGGGUUUCCGGAGAUCAGAAGCGCAACGACGACUAUCUCAAGAAUCCACGGCGUACAAGAAAGCAGAUGCCAAAAAUUCCGCAGUCCAUUGUCACCAAUAAUGUGUCUACCGACAGCACAUGCUCCUCGGAUUCAUCGAGCACUUCAUCGGCGAAAAAUGUUACUUCUAGAAGGACCGUCAGGCGGAAUGGGUUAAAGCCGGUGAAGAUUGUGCCGGACGGCACCGUUGGGGCGGCCUUGUCUCCCAAGGCUUCAAGUCCUUCCAAUAGGUGUGACUGGAUCACUCCAAAUUCUGAUCCUCUUUAUGCUGCAUUCCACGACGAAGAAUGGGGUGUUCCAGUUCAUGAUGAUAGGAAGCUAUUCGAGUUGCUGGUGUUUUCACAGGCAUUAGCAGAACUGAGUUGGCCAGCAAUUCUUAACCUUAGAGACGUAUUCAGGAAGCUCUUCGAAAAUUUUGACCCAUCGUCCGUUGCUGAGAUUACAGAAAAGGAGUUGCUAACUUUGAGAAUAAACGGCAACCCAUUGCUAUCAGAACCAAAACUCCGUGCCAUUGUGGGGAACGCAAACCGAUUCCUUAAGGUACAACAGGAGUUUGGUUCAUUCAGCAACUACUGCUGGAGAUUUGUGAACCACAAGCCAAUAAGAAAUGAAUUUCGUUACGGACGUCAAGUACCCGUAAAGACUCCAAAAGCGGAACUCAUUAGCAAGGAUCUAAUGCGCAGAGGUUUUCAAUGUGUGGGGCCUACUGUGGUUUAUUCGUUCAUGCAAGUAGCAGGACUCGUUAAUGAUCAUCUAAUAACGUGCUUCAGAUACCAUGAAUGCAACGUGACAAUCAGAAUGGAACUUAAAACACAGGUUGAGGAGAAGGAGGUUCGAAAUGAAACAGCAUUAGAGUAGAGAUUAAUGGGAGGAGAUGUCCCGAUGUUACUUUCUGAUCCCCAAAGAUUAUAUUGUUUUCUUCCUUGCCUUGUUAACUUGCUGCUGCUCGUCACCUAACGUAACUAGAAAAUAAUUGAUCUGACCUUCUCUUUUUAUGCCUCCGCGUGAACGUGUAUGCUUCUUUUAGGUGCUAAAGUUAUGGUUCAAGGGAAUUGUUUUAGGAUAUCUGAUGUUGCAAUGUAUAUGUUUUGUAAUAAAAUUUCCAACUCUGUAAUGCAUACCUAUUCUUGGGCACUAGCAUCGUUACUUAGGGGCCAACCUAUGAUCUCGGAAAGGACUUUGAAAAGCCACAUUACUGUAUCAUACUACUUACGGUCUUAAUUAUAAAAUCUUAUUUAUAGUUUA